UCUCCAUUUUCUAUCAACGGAAAGGGACCAAAUCGUCUCCAAUCUUUCUGACGCGAAAAUCUUGACCCAUCCCGUUCGCCAGCUCGGGGAUGAUGUCCUCUGUGAAAUUUUCAGUCGUUGCGUCCCAGAAUUGGAUGCGGAGAGGAGUUUCUCAUCCCUGGAUCCCCGUCAGGCUCCGUGGACACUCCCAAGUUUGUACAUCAUGGAGGAGAGUUGCCCUUCGAACCGGUCGGUUGUGGUCGACUGUAGCGGUUAAUAUGCAAAAAGACCUUUCCGCCGCUUUCCAGCUGGGCAUACAGUUGUCUAGGGCACAAGGGCAUGUUUUAUCCGUUCACGUUUUUGGGUCCAGUAGGAGGUGGACAGGAUGGACUGCCAUGUCAGUGGAACAGACACUUCUUUUCCAGAUGCUCCGUUCGAGCGCGCCAAAUUGGACAAGGCUUUCCUGGCCGCCUUGAAUAUCUACACGCUGAAAUGGCUUGGAUGAGAGGGACCGAUGCUGCAUCUACUUCGGACACCUUUUCAAUGACCCCAUUCCUCCGAAAUCUUGUCAUUGAAGGGCCGCCGUAUACGGCACACGUAUUUACACCCUCUUUCGCACACCCGAGAACUGCCAACGUUUCAACGCUAAGCAUUAUCGGUAUGAACCCCACUGACAAAUGUCUCAGUCUGUUGAGAAGCUUCCCACUUGUGCGAAACGUCGAUCUGUUUUGCAUAAAGUCGCAGAUCGCAUCGGGACAGCCCUUGACCUUUCCUUAUGUGUCGCAUCUUGGCUUGAUCGAGGGAUUUAGAAGAAGUAUCGCGGAUAUGCAUUCGCGUGUGGUUUUGCCGUGCAUUACCCUCCUGUUUUCCUUUUAAUCGGUGUCCCCUCGCAGAGUCCCCAUAUUCUCGAAUUUCCCGACGUACGCACCUGUGAUUGGAUGAGGAAAAUCACAGCAUUCGAACUAAAGGAUUGCGAUGGAUGCCUCGGUAGUGAUAAUGCGAGAGCAACCAUCG